CAAAACUCAUUAUCCCUCCAACAAGAAAAACUCAUUAUCACCGAAUGGAAGAGAAAGCGACGAGGCCUAUUAUAUUGCAAUCUGAAUCUAUAUAAAUUUCAAGAAACCCCAUUUUGUUCAAACUUAUACAAUUCCGGAUGAAAAAUGUCUCAGCCACCGGCACCACAUGAUUGCCAAAUUUCACCAGAAGUUGUAAUGGAAAGAAGAGAAGCCCAUCCAUUGCACUUUCUGCUCAAGAUUGAAUCAGUUUCGUUGCUUUUGGAUGGGACUGAUGAGAAGUAUGAGUCUCUGGAAUUUCAAGCAGGAGACCACAAAUGGAGAUUGAUCAUCUAUCCAAACGGUAUCUCAAAUAAAGGGAGGGGAGGAUAUGUAUCCCUGUACUUGGCAAUGGCAAGUACAAGUUCUUUGCCUGCAGAUUGGGAGCUUAAUGUUGUCUUCAACAUCCUAUUGUUUGAUCAAAUCCAUGAUAAUUAUGUGUCCGUUCGAGGAAGCCAGAGGCGCUUUACUGCACUAAAGCAUGAAUGGGGCUUUCCGAAAUUUAUCACUAAAGCGAGUUUGAAAGAGCCAUCUAACGGAUACGUGAUGAAUGAUAUAUGUGUGGUUGGUGCUGAGGUUUUCGUUACCAAAAGUGAACGAACUAUCGAAUGCCUAUCUCUGCUAAGUGGUGGAAGCCCUUACGUGCAGAAGUGGGAGAUUCCCGAAUUCUCCAAAUUGGGACUUGUUUGGACUUCUGAAGAAUUCAUUGCUGGAAAUCAUAAAUGGACAAUUAAUCUAUAUCCAAAAGGAAAUGGAGGAGGAAAGGGCAAGAAUGUAUCUGUCUAUCUUAGCUGUAUUGAUGCUAAAGCUUCUGCUCCCUCUGCUCAUGAUAAAAAGGUCAAGGUGAAUUUUAGCCUGUCCAUCAAGAACCAAUUCAAUAGUAAAAGAAGCAAAUGCCAUGCAUCUGAUCAUUGGUUUUCAUCUUCUGCUAGUGCUUGGGGUUGGUCACACUUCAUAUCGCUUGAUGACUUCAAUGAUCCUAAUACUGGUUUCCUCGUUAAGGAUCGAUGCACUGUACAAGUAGAAAUCUCGGUGAAAGGCAGCCCUCCCGCAGCUGUUGGAUGAGGUCUGAUCCCCCCAGAUUCGGAGAGGGAGGCGUAACAUGUCCAUCUCAUGAUCUAAAUAAGUGAGAGAAGAAAUUAUUGGGUUGUAUUCAUUUUAAAGAUUAUAACUAGUAUUUGCCCCGUGAAUUGCACCGUAGCAUACU